GAUAGGCAGCACUGAUGAAGUGGCAUGGAUAGAUAGCACAGAUGGGCACUGAUAGGAGGCACUGGUGAGCUGGCACUGAUGAUGCUGCACUGAUAGGUGGCAUUUAUGGGCGACACUGAUGGGCGGCACUGCUGGGCAGCACUGAUGGGUGGUACUGCUGGGCACAGGUGGAUGGCACUGAUGGACACAGGUGGGUGGCACUGCAGGGCACAGGUGGGUAACACUGAUGGGCACUGAUGGGUGGCACUGAUGGGUACAGGUGGGUGGCACUGAUGGAACAGGUGGGUGGCACAGGUGGGAGG